UGGUGCCAAUGGCCAUGGCUGCGCUGUGACUGGCCAUGGGAGGAUCUGCUUGGCCCGCACUACUGGCGCUGACCGGGCUGCGGGCCGUGGCACUCGAUUGCUGGACCGAUGGCAUCACCCGGGGCCAGUGCUGCAAUGCCAUUUUUGGUCCAGGUGGAAACUCUCAUUGUUGGGAUGGUGGAGACUUCACCUUCGAAAGCUGUUGUGGUGAAUCGUACCAAGCCUCUGAUUGCAGCGCCUUCGUGACACACUUCAGCUUUAGCGUGGUGGGGGCCAUCCGUACGGCCAAUCCCGGCGAGGUUUGGGAAAGCUGUGCGCGGGCCAUGGAUUUGGAAGGACAUCGGUGCAACUCGGUGAACACCACCACCCGAAGCUGUCCGGAGUGCGGACGACUCUCCAUGUACCUUCCGCGGCUUGGUGGCCAUGUUGGCCCUGCACAAAACCCACAGGGGGGCUAG